GUGGGAGAAUACACAAAACCAAUGGGUGACACAAGACGAACACACAAGAGCGAUGAAACGUAGACGCUUGAGCUAUUGGACCGACCAUAUGAAGAAGUUUGAACACAUAUCGCAAGAGGAGAGCGGCACGGUGCCCGUUCAAGGUGCCUUCUGGUCAGACCCCAUGCCCGAUAAACAAGAUCUCCCGUUACGUGCGCCGCAUGUUCUCGACUCGCCACCGAGGAAACCUUGCUUCGUCGGUUACAAAAAAGACGCUCCCAAGCCGGAGUUCAAACCGCACAAGUCUGUCGCCGUGAACAACUUCGUCGUGUUCCGCACGCCCGACGAGAAUGUUGCAAAGGGCUGCACAUUCUGGAUUGGACGAGUUCAGAAGGGGGACGAUAAUCGCAUCUGUGUCAAGUACUGGACUCCUUGCGGAAGGGAGCACGAUUUGACAAAGCUGUAUGCGGGCGCAUGGGAAAAAUCAUGGAAGGUCGAAACUGAAACAAACGACGGGUGGCAAGACCUCGACGCCGUUGUGUGGGCAUGGUCCAGCAAUAAACGUUCUGAAAUGGGUAUGCGGAUCCCGAAACGAGAAGCUCUGAAUGCACAGUUGUCGUUGGCUGUCCCUGACAAGACGGCUUCAUCAACGCCUGAUAUGGGAUCUGCUUCAGACACAUCUGCGGAGAUCCUUGGUCUCGACAGCUCGCUGGCUCACGUUCAAGACCGCGUUAAGUGGUUGGAGCAGCGACCAGUCGCCGCCGCCGACGCAAGCUCUUCCAAUACUGCCGACCGCCUCAAUGCAUUGGAGAUGCGCGUCGGCUCCCUCCAGGACGGCGCACAGUUACAGCACACCGCGACGCAACAGUUGCAGCAACGGGUCUGUACCACCGCCAAUACCUCGAGUACGGAGCCGCGCGAGACAACUCCAAAGUUUGACGGGCAGGAGAUCUUCUGCGACUCGAUGAAGACAGAUCCGAUUCCAUGGUUCCGCAAGUUCGAGCUCACGCUGCAGCUGUCCAACGUCAAAGAACACAAGCACCACGCAUACUUGUACUCUCGUUCWGGGGGCGCGUGCCAGGCUUGGUUGGACAACCUUCUGUCCAAGUAUGGAGUAGUGGCAGCCGACUUGCACACCAAGAUCAGUUGGGAUAAUGUGAAGGCGGCGUGGCACAAGCAGUUCCGGGUGGAGCCGCCAGAGAUCAAAGCCAUGGACAAGCUCAUGGUCUUCGAACAAGGCACGCUGCCGAGCCGCUUACCGGGACCGCAAUGCGCAGCACUUAGCGCCAAUCUUCACACUUACUUAUCCUUCUAUGCACCACCAACUUCGCCGACGGAUGACGAAGUCGCGGUGGGGGACAUCGUGGCGUAUACUACCAAGGUGGCCCGCGAGUUUCACACGCAGCGGUGCGAUGACAACAACGCACCGCUCAUGUAUGUCCGCAUUCAAGUUGGGCAAGCGUCCUGCAGAGCUUUGCUGGAUAGCGGCGCGGCUUGCAACUUCAUGAGCCAAUUCUUUAUGCAAAGGGCUGGCCUUGGCGCACAAGUUCGGAGGAAGGCAAACCGGACCGCGAUCAAGUUGGCGGAUGGAAAGACGCAACAACUUCUCGACCAUUACAUCGAGGCCGUACCGGUCUACUUCGCACCUCAUGCAUGCGAACCGGUGACAUUCGAUAUUCUCGACACGGACUUCGACAUCAUUCUGGGAAUGCCUUGGCUUGCAAGUGCGGAUCACACGGUCAACUUCCAUCGACGGACUCUUAGCGUUCGCGACGCCUUCGGUGCGGAAGUGGCGUGUACUAUUUCUCUACCGCACUCUUCGAUCCGGUGCCAAGUGGUGACGACCAAAUCAUUCCGGGCGAUUUGCGCUUACGAGCAGCCCGAGAAGAUCGGCCUAUGUUUCCUACGGACCGUCGCAGUAGCCGACUCUUCACCCACACACUUGUCUUCGGACCCCCGUGUGGUGCGGUUGUUGGACGAGUUCGUUGACAUCAUCGAGUCACCUACCGGUGUUUUGCCGGAUCGGCCGAUCUCUCACGAGAUCGUUCUUAAGGCCGGUGCUGAGCCGCCGAAAGGUUGCAUCUAUCGGAUGAGCGAGGAGGAGCUUGAGGUCCUCCGCGCACAACUCGACGAUUUGUUGGCCAAGGGCUGGAUCCGCCCGAGCAGCUCCCCAUAUGGAGCACCAAAUCUCCUCGUCAGGAAGAAGAACAAGGAUCUACGAUUGUGUAUCGACUACCGCAAGCUCAACGCGCAAACCGUUAAGAAUGCGGGGCCUCUUCCUCGCAUCGAUGAUCUUCUUGAGCGACUGGGCGGCGCAAAGUAUUUUUCAAAGUUGGAUUUGAAAUCGGGAUAUCAUCAAAUCUCGAUCCAGCCGAACGAUCGCUACAAGACCGCAUUCAAGACGCGGUACGGGCAUUUUGAGUGGGUGGUCAUGCCUUUUGGCCUCACCAACGCCCCGGCGACCUUUCAGGCGGCGAUGACCAAUGAGUUUCGUGCAAUGUUGGACCGGUUCGUGCUGGUCUACUUAGACGAUAUUCUCGUCUAUAGCCAGUCAUUGGAGGAUAAUCUUGGGCAUCUUCGACGAGUGUUGGAGACGCUCCGCCGCGCCAAGUACAAGGCCAACCGCGACAAGUGUGAAUUUGUCCGGCAAGAGCUGGAAUACUUGGGCCAUUUUGUCACACCGGAGGGCAUCAGUCCGCUAUCGGACAAGAUUCAGGCCGUCCAGGAGUGGCUGGAGCCUCGGAACGUCACGGAUGUCCGCUCAUUCCUCGGUCUUACCGGCUACUAUGAGCGCUUCAUCAAAGGCUACUCGAAGAUCGCGGCCCACAUGAACAAGCUUCAGAGCGAGGAUCGGCUUCGGAGAGGAGUCGCGGGGAUCAUUCUUCGCUCUCAAAGCCGCGCUAUCGUCUACGGAGGUCUUGCGGAUAUAGGACCCGCUCGCGCCUACACGCGUCACUAUGGAUGCUACUUCAGCAAGAAAGUGCCCCUCGUGCAUUCCAUCGACGAUGCACGCAAGAAGGAGCUCCUCGCCUUCGUCCACGCGCUCAAGCGGUGGCGGCACUUCCUCCUUGGUCGAAGCCAAUUUUGCUGGGUAAUGGACAACAAUCCGUUGGUCUUCUACAAGACCCARGACACCGUCAACAGCACCAUCGCUCAAUGGAUGGCUUUCAUCGACCAGUUCGACUUCUUUCCCGAUCACAUUCCCGGGAAGUCGAACCAUUUUGCGGAUGCUCUUUCACGGCGUCCGGAUCAUUGUACCGCGGUCUACUCAACCUUCGAGAUCGACGACGACCUGCAGAACAACUUCAUCCACGGCUACCAAGCCGACCCCGAGUUUCGCGACAAGUACGCGAAUUGCUCCUCUCCUAAUCCGACUCCUUCUCACUACCGGAUCCAAGAGGGGUACUUGCUUGUCCACACGCGGGGGAGGGACCUUCUUUGCGUACCGAGUGAUCCUCACUUGCGUACAGGGCUUCUUGGCGAGUUCCACGACGCUCCCGCCACUGGACACUUCAGRGUCAAUCGCACGAUUGGCCGACUUCGCCAGCGAUUUUGGUGGCCCGGCGUUCUCGGCGACCUCACGCGCUAUUGCGAGUCAUGCGAGGUUUGCCGACGCUGCAAAUCCCGCAACCAUCGUCCGUACGGCGAGUUACGACCAUUGCCAGUCCCGUUGCAGCGAAGGGAAGCGAUUGCCAUGGACAUUACCGGCCCGUUCCCCAAGAACAAGACCGGAGUGGAUGGCAUUCUCACGGUGGUCGACCAACUCACCAAGUUCGCCAUGUUUUUGCCUUGUCGCUAUCAUGCCAAGGCACCRGAGUUAGCCGAGGUUCUGUACGCCGGUUGGAUUCGAACCAAGGGUUACCCCAAGGAGAUCGUCUGCGACCGCGACACUCGGUUCAUGUCCAAUUUUUGGUUGGCGCUUAUCAAGCGAUGGGGCUCAUCUCUCAAGCCCAGUUCAGCUCGCCACCCUCAGACCGAUGGCCAGACGGAGAGGGCGCAUCAGACCGCACAGGUUCUCCUUCUCACUCUCAUCCGCCCCGACCAGAAAGACUGGGUUGAGCGACUGCCGGACGUCGAGUUGGCCUACAACUCUUUCAUCCACCCGGCUAUUGGGAUAUCACCCUUCGAGUUCGAGCAUGGCUCGCCGGUCACAUCACCGUUGGAUACUAUUACUCCACGCACGACCGAGAGCGAUGACCAUGUUCUUUUCUUGCGUCGGAUGCAAGAGCUUCUUGUCAAGGCACGCGACCAGAUGGCUAAGACUCAGCAGCGCACGAGCCAGCAGGCCAAUCGCCAGCGCCUUCCUUGUCCAUUCCGCGCCGGGGACCUCGUCUGGGUUUCCGUCGCGGAAUUCAGCCUUGAACAAGACGUCUCUCGCAAGCUCCUUCCGAAAUGGAUGGGGCCUUGGCCGAUCAUAGAGCCCACUGGGGACGCACCCGAAGGACCYUCCUUCACGAUUCAGGUGCCCAGCCACGUGCCCGUCUACCCAGUCUUUCAUUGCUCCAAAUUGGCUCUCUACACGCCAGCGGACCAUGACGAUUUUCCCGGGAGACGUACGCAAGACCCGCCUUCUGUGGAUGGUUUUCAGGAGGUCGGCGACAUCAUCUCCCAGCGACACUAUGGCAACAAGCCAACUGAGUAUUUGGUGCAUUUUGUAUAUGCUUCCAAGAAGGGCUGCUGUUUCGCCAAAAUUCUGGACAAUGCGGAUGGAACUGCCAGUGGGCAAACAGGCAAGUUUUCUUUGGCUGCUGGGACACCAAAUGGCUCCAAAUGGCUACUGGAAGAGCCUGGUGUCCCAGCAGUAGCCAUUUGGUGUGCCAGGAGAACACCCAAAGCAACUCCAAAACGUGUUAUACAUCCUGGCACUCGGGCCAUGCUAAUCUUCUCUCAGUGUAUCGCUCCAACUUUGACAGAUGUCCCGAAGGACAGAGACACAAUGGGGCACCCGCUGUUAGGGGCGCUUCUUUUCUUGGUGGCCCUCUUCUCAGAGGCAUUUCGUCUGACAGAGUCUUUGGAAGCGCCUCCUGCAAUACCGACACAAGCAACAGCUUGCGCACAGGGUACGCAGCUGGGGGACUUGUCAGCAGUGAACGCAUCAUGCAAGAAUCCAGCACCAGAAGCCGUGUGCUCAGAAUGCCUGGCUGCUUUGAUGAAGACCGUCGCUAUGGUUCCCACUGUGAAGGGGGACCCUAUGACUGCCGAGAUCAUCGGCACAUGUACACAGCGCAUAGUAGAGAAGGGCAUAAUAAAUGCUGAAGUUGCUUUCAUGCUGACAAGUUGCCCGGUUCACUCUACAAAUGCCAGUUGCCCUGUUGGGUCCGUGAGUCAGCUCGAUGAAGAUGCCAAGGACUUUCUGAAGGCGGAAUGCAAUCCAAAUGAGACGGAUACGCCAGGAUUUAAGUUCUGCGAUCUCUGUCGGCCUGCUUUUGUUUUCACAUUGUACUCUAUUCCGGAAUUGGAUCCGUCUAAUCCCUCGAUGAUCAUUUCAUGUGUACAAACGCUGGCAAUGUCGUUUCCGGGAACAGUGGAAGGUCUUUCUGAUGACCAGAAACGGGAUAUUUUGGGUUGUUUCAACGAGUCGUUUCCAGGUGUUCCUUUGUCAAACGUCCCUACUAAAUUUCUACCACAGCGACUGUUGCCAGUGCAACCAGUGCAAGAUGAUGGGACCAGCAUGGCGGGCAGUAAGGAUAUUGCGAUCUCAGGGGCGUUCUCGAUUGUAUCUGCAUAUUGUGGACUGCUUGUGAGUCUCACCUCUUCUCUCUCCUCACUGUUUUUCCUCAUCGUCUUAACCAUCAGUUUCAGUUAGGCGCUGCAAAGCAACAUGUGGCAGUGUUGUCGGUAUUCAGCCGCACCGUCCCACUAACCGUUCACCAUGAACAGCAUGGCUUGACCCUGGAGAAGCUGCCACAGUCCUCUGUGCCAAAGGCCAAGUGCACACUCACGAUGAGUUGCGUGAUGGUGUCAGGGGAUACCUCCUGCCAGUGCUGUCAGUAGGAAGAAGCAAGAGUCCUGUUAUUGUCUGCUGGAGUGCCAGGUGCAGCAUGGAACAAUCGCAGAGGCUGCUGUCCAGUGUUUGCAAAGGGGCAAAUGUGCUGUAAGGACACAUUCUGAUGCAGUUUUGGCCACCACUUCAUGUCCAGCAAUUUGGCCGAGAUGUCCAAAUUGCUGCACUUUGUGCCUGGAGGCUGGCAAGUACAAUAUACAGGUAGGUCCUGCGCUAUGCCAGGUGCAGCAAGGAACAAUCGCAGAGGUUGCCGCGCAGUGUUCGCAAAGGGGCAAAUGUGCCAAAGGACACAUUCUGAUGCAGUUGUGGCCACCACUUCGUGUCCAGCAAUUUGGUGGAGAUGUCCGAAUUGCUGCACUUUGUGCCUGGAGGCUGGCAAGAAUCAGUCAAAGUACAAAAUACAGGUAGGUCCUGUGCUAUGCCAGGUGCAGCACGGGACAAUCGCAGAGGUUGCUGUGCAGUGUUCGCAAAGGGGCAGUUGUGCCGUAAGGACACAUUCUGAUGCAGUUCUGGCCGCCACUUCGUGUCUAGCAAUUUUGUGGAGAUGUCGGAAUUGCGGCACUUCGUGCCUGGAGGGUGGCAAGAAUCAGUCAAGGACAAAAUACAGGUAGGUCCUACGCUAUAGUGAAGGGUCUGAGAGAAAGCAUGGCUUGAGUCACUGCCAGAGUACAAAUGUGCGCUGUAAUUAGUAAGGGGCACUGUCCCACAAACUGUCUGCUGGAGUGCCGGGGCACAGUACAGGAUAGUGUCAUCACACCAUGCGAGAGAGAUGGUCGUCGAGUCUUUGCUGAGGGGCAAAUGCGCGGAACCAUCACGUGCUGAGCAUCAAAGCAUGCACUUGUAGAUAUUUUUACGAUAGUCCAUUGUCUCUAUCACUCCCAGAACAUGCUACAAGGGGUCGACUAGUCCGUUGUCCCUGUCAUUUCCAUUAUAUUUAGUAUAUACUCCAUUUUGGAAUGUCCGAGUCUGGUUCGCCAUCAUUUAUCAUAUCUGCGUUUACCUGCAACAGUUGAUAGGAUACACUUCUUUACGCCUUCGACUUCGAUACUGAUUUGGCUAUUGUAUUAUGCAGCAGUUUAUGCUUGGUUUUGCAAAUUUGCAUCCUAGGUCUGUCUACACAAACUGUUCGCAAUUUUACGCCUUGUCCACCACGAAGAGAUGUUGAACUGUUACAGGUUAACAGGGCAUAAACGCUGUGACGCUGUAAGAUUCGCUUUGCCUAAGUUUAUGUUAGCUGCAGUUUUUCAAUAUUCUUGAAUGAACCACACACCCGCAUUAUCAUGGGAUGUAUUCGUUCAUUUGGCUUCUUGUUCACCGCGCUCAGAGAUCCCCGUUCUUAUAUACGCCGAAAUGUGGUCCCUGCUCGCUCGAACUGACCAAGUGUCUGACUUCCUUUCCGGCAGUCUCGCUUCUGGGCCCUACUUCGGGUGCUCAAAUAUGCCCAUUCCGU